CCCUAAAAAUAGAAAAGAAGGGGAUCUGAGAGGAAUGGGGGAGACGCUUUGCUAGGGUUUUACACGCAGCCUUCCUCCACAAACGUCGACGACGUGGUAGAUCGUUGCUAUGGUGUCGGCAUGGCUAAGGUGGCUAGUCAGUCGUACAAAGGAGAAGGAGAAGAUGGCUAAAGAGAGAAACGAAGAAAGGUAGAGGGUUGUUGUCGCCACCGAAAAUCAUUUCCGACGAUGGUGCACGGUGGCGUUCGUGAUGGUUUGUCCGUGUUGUGACUUGUUGUAGAGACGCACAACAAGGGUGAGAGGGAGAAGAUAAAGGAGGGCAUCGCCACCACCAAAAAUCGUCUCCGACGGCGGCGCACGGCGACCUUCAUGGGAACCACGCUCCAGUCACGUUCCCCUGUUUCAAGUUCAUGCUUUUGGAAUCAUAUAUGGUAGAAGCGUGAUCUUAGGGAUCUGUUGGUGGCUAUGACAGAAGCUCAACAAGCUUGUUGGAGGAGAUUUAAGUGCAACAUAAAAGUGUAGGAUGGAGGAUGAGUUCUCAUGUUGUUCAAGUUGUUUCAGAAUGUUUUGUCAAGCCACCAAGCCCAGCUAAAGAAUCAAGGCAGAUAUAUAAUUUAGCAGCUUGGGAUAUUGUUUUGCUUGCCAUGCAAUACAUUCAGACUGGCAUACUAUUACAGCAAACUAGCCUUGUUAAUCAAAAUGCCAUCGAAAAUUUCUUGAACCUUUUCAAGCAGUCCAUUUCCCUUACCCUCGCUCAUUUCUAUCCGUUGGUUGGCCGCUUUGUCACCCAAAAGACCAAAGACCCUCCUUCUACUACCAUUUUCAUUGAUUGUAGCAAUAGUCCUGGAGUUAGGUUGAUCCACGCAACAUUGGAUAUGAGUGUAUCAGACAUUCUUACCUCUGCUGACAAUUCCACCAUUGUUCAAUCAUUAUUUGAUCACCACAAAGUAUCCAACCAUGAUGGUCACACCAUGCCACUAUUUUCUGCUAAAGUCACCAAACUAGUGGAUGGUCUUUUCGUAGGUUGUUCAAUGAAUCAUGCCGUAGGUGAUGGGGUUGCUUUUUUUAAUUUCAUUAGUGCAUGGUUUGAAGUCGCUCGUGCUCAAGUUCGAGCCGGAGGGCCUUUAGAUAAUGUUCCCAUUUCACGCCCUCCAAUUCAUGAUCGGUGGUUUCCAGAUGGUUGCGGCCCAUUUAUCAAUUUACCUUUUAAAGACACGGAUGAGUUUAAGAGAAAAUUUGAAGAAACCGAGUUUAGAGAGAGAAUCUUCCACUUUUCAGGAGAGUUUAUUGCAAAACUAAAAGCAAGGGCCAAUUGGGAGGCCAAAACCACUGAAAUUAGUUCAUUACAAUCCUUAUCAGCACAUGCUUGGAGAUGCAUAACACGUGCGCGCCACCUACCACGUGAUCAAAGAACAAGUUGCAAAUUGGCCAUAGAUAAUCGAUCUAGAUUGGAACCACCUUUGCCAAAUGAGUACUUUGGAAACGCACUUAGUAUGGUGAGUGCAGAUAGCACGGCAGGGGAAUUGCUUGAACACGAUCUAGGAUGGGCAGCAAGGAAGUUGAACCUCGCUGUUGCAAACCAUAAUGACAAAGUGGUGCGACAAGAGGUUCUUCAUUGGCUACAACAACCGAAGAUAUUCCAUUUUGGUUCUUACUCAGAUUCCUUUGACGUGACCGUGUCAAGUUCGCCCAGGUUCAAUCCGUUUGGGAAUGAUCUAUGGCUCUGGAAAGGGGUAAAAAUUCUAACUGGGUAUAACAAUAACCAUGAUGGCAGACUGACAUCAUCUGCAGGAGCUGAGGGAGGGGGAAGCAUAGAUUUGGAAGUGGUCAUUUCGCCAAAUGCAAUGAGCGCACUAGAAUUAGAUGAAGACUUUCUCGAUAGUUUUUCUCACGUUGCUCCCAUGCACUAGACAUAUUAUUAAUGUGACUAUAUAUGGGUAUAUCGUAUAUGCUUCACUAUGCUCAUCACUAAAUAAAGUACUUCCUUCUUUUCAUCAUUCAAAUAAGAUAACAUGUAUCUCGUCACUUCAUUAUAUAUAGUACCGCCUAAUAUAUUUUUAGGAUGUAUCUCAUUUCAUUAUGUAUGGUACCGCCCAAUGUAUUUUUAGGCAUAAAGUAGAUUUUAA